CUGGCCGCAGCCGCAGACCCGGCUCCGGGAGGCGCAGAGCGCGGCGCGCUGAGCCGGAGAGGCGAGCGGGCUGCUGCCUUGCGUCCGCCGCGCUGUCCGCCCUCCUCCGCUCCCUCCGCCCUCCUCUGGUGGCCGCGCUGCCUGGGAGCCGGGAAAGCCGCUGCUCCAAGCCCGCAGCUCCGGCGCGGGGACCAGCAGCGAGGCGGGGGCGGCGAGAGCGCGGAGACCACAGGCCCCGGGGACAGGCGGAGGGGGGCUCUGGCCUGGGCAGGCAGAGCUGAGCGUGGGAGUGUUUGCGGGUGAGAUCCAGGGCUGCACCCGUGUUCUGCGCGGAGCCCGUCAACCCCAGCCCAGGUCGCCGCAGCCCGGGAACCUCCCCACCCGCGCCCCAAGGCACGCGCGGCACAGCCAUGAACACCAACGAUGCCAAGGAGUAUCUGGCCCGCAGGGAAAUCCCUCAGCUUUUCGAGAGCCUUUUGAAUGGACUGAUGUGUUCUAAGCCUGAAGACCCAGUAGAGUACUUGGAAAGUUGUUUAAAGAAAGUCAAGGAAUUAGGCGGCUGCGACAAGGUGAAGUGGGAUACAUUUGUCAGCCAGGAGAAGAAGACCUUACCUCCGCUCAAUGGAGGACAAUCACGGAGAUCCUUUCUAAGAAAUGUGAUGCCUGAAAAUUCAAACUUUCCAUAUCGGCGGUAUGAUCGUCUCCCUCCAAUCCAUCAAUUCUCCAUAGAAAGUGAUACAGACCUCUCCGAGACUGCAGAGUUAAUUGAGGAGUAUGAUGUUUUUGAUCCUACUAGACCUCGACCAAAAAUCAUACUUGUCAUAGGUGGUCCAGGAAGUGGAAAGGGUACUCAGAGUUUGAAAAUCGCAGAACGUUAUGGAUUCCAAUACAUUUCAGUGGGAGAAUUACUGAGAAAGAAGAUCCACAGUACCAGCAGCAACAGGAAAUGGAGUCUUAUUGCCAAAAUAAUUACAACUGGAGAAUUGGCCCCACAGGAAACAACAAUUACAGAAAUAAAACAGAAAUUGAUGCAAAUACCUGAUGAAGAGGGCAUUGUUAUCGAUGGAUUUCCAAGAGAUGUUGCCCAGGCUCUAUCUUUUGAGGACCAAAUCUGUACUCCCGACUUGGUGGUAUUCCUGGCUUGUGCCAAUCAGAGGCUCAAAGAGAGAUUACUGAAGCGUGCAGAGCAACAGGGGCGGCCGGAUGACAAUCUGAAAGCUACCCAAAGGAGGCUAAUGAACUUCAAGCAGAACGCUGCUCCAUUGAUUAAAUACUUCCAGGAAAAGGGGCUCAUCAUGACAUUUGAUGCUGACCGAAACGAAGAUGAGGUGUUCUAUGACAUCAGUGUGGCAGUGGACAGCAAGUUAUUUCCAAACAAAGAAGCUGCAGCAGGUUCGAGUGACCUUGAUCCUUCGAUGAUGUUGGACACAGGAGAGACCAUUGAUACAGGUUCUGAUUAUGAAGAUCAGGGUGAUGACCAGUUAAAUGUAUUUGGAGAGGAUACCAUGGGAGGUUUCAUGGAAGAUUUGAGAAAGUGUAAAAUUAUUUUCAUGAUUGGUGGCCCAGGCUCUGGCAAAGGCACACAGUGUGAAAAGCUGGUGGAAAAAUACGGAUUUACACAUCUCUCGACUGGUGAGCUCCUGCGUAAUGAGCUGUCAUCAGAAUCUGAAAGAAGCAAAUUGAUCAGAGAUAUCAUGGAACGUGGAGACCUGGUGCCCUCACGCAUCAUUCUGGAGCUCCUGAAGGAGGCCAUGUUGGCCAGCCUCAGUGACACCAAGGGCUUCCUGAUUGAUGGCUAUCCCCAGGAAGUGAAGCAAGGGGAAGAGUUCGGACGUAGCAUUGGAGACCCGCACCUGGUGAUCUGUAUGGACUGCUCAGCAGACACCAUGACCAACCGCCUUCUUCAGAGGAACCAGAGCAGCCCUCUGGUAGAAAACAACACCACCACCAUUGCCAAGCGCCUUGAAACCUACUACCGAGCAUCCAUCCCUGUGAUUGCCUACUAUGAGAUGAAAACACAGCUACAUAAGGUAAAUGCAGAGGGGACACCGGAGGAAGUUUUUCUUCAACUCUGCACAGCUAUUGACUCUAUUUUCUGAAGGCAAAAAAAGCAUGCGCAUCAAGGAGAGUGGAGACAGAAAAAAUAUUAAAAGGCUCAUCCCUUAACACAAUAUUGUUUCAAGUUAAACCGUUUGUGUCCCCCAUCCCCACCCACCCCACCCCAGAUCCUAACAUUGCUGUUUGCUUCUGAGCUUGACCUUUCCGAGAGGUGUCUGGAAAUCAUGCAUGGUGUAUUUGGUAUUAUCUAACCUCUUCUUCCUAAUUCACACAGCCGUCCGCACCCCCAGCACGCACACUCUUCCGUCAUAUCAGCUGUGCCUCAGAGCUGCUAGCUAGUGUGUGAACAGAGCGUGGUGUUCAGUUGUGCCCUCAGGACCUGCUAGUCUGACCAUUUGAUUUCUCUGUCAUCAAACAGGGGGUUAGCGCCCCCCUAAUGCCCCAUCACAUUUUCCUUCCUCACCCCAAGAUUUACAUGCUGUUGCCUGAUAAAGGGCCUUACCAUGGGGCGGGGAGGCACCUGGGUACCUCCUCUAGUGGCUGUUUCCUCAAGUCUCAUCCACUAGUAGCUCAGAGCCAGAGAGACUGGUCUGAUAACUCCAACUGGUGAUAAGAAAUAUGAUUAAAUUUGAAAAUUUGAUAAGUAAAACAAUGUGAAAUCGUAUAGCUUUUCCAAGGCUGUAAAACCCAGACUAGUCACCAAUAACAUUUCUGCAUUCAUUUUUAGGAAACUGGCUACUACUUGGAAUACUGUCAUAUGACAAAGAAAACAAAUUGAAUAAAUUGUCUAACCUAAUCUCUUUUACACCUGGUGGUGCAUUUCAGCAAUUAUACAUUAAUACCAAUGACCAAACAUAACGUAAAGCAUGAGGUGAUUUGUUACUGCGUUCACUGGAAUAAUGUCAACUUAUAGUUUUGAUUUUAUAAGAUCGUGUAUUUAUUUAUUACUGCCAAACAGAAAGUAACAGUAACAAUACUGAUGUGGGUGGGAGAGGCAUGUCAGUACAUGAUGUUUAACAGAUCCCAGUGCUGUGUUUCAUACGGGCCUUUUCCAGGGCUGUGCAAACCUUAUCAUAUCCAUAUGUAAAACUGUGCUUUACCCUGCUUCAAACCAGUGAGGUUUGGGUUCUCUUUUGUGUUAUCAGUUGCCAAAUCAGAGCUUCUUAUAUAUUCUACUGGAAUAACUGCAUCUUCCAUUCAGUCACUACAAAUGACCAUAGUUUCAGUUUGCAUGCCGUUCUUUUCCCUUCAAUGGUUGUGCCGAUAAGGAUCCAAUUCUGGGACAGAAUUGUAUUUUUAAAGUCAUUUUUUUUUCUUGAAAUGGAUAUAUGUACAAAUAAAAUAAAUGGAACACA